AUGUUCGCUAAGGGUUUCGUAUUGGCCACGGCUUUGGCAGCGGUACUAGCUGUGCCACAAAACUAUCACCACAAUCACGGCCACGCGUCCUCAUCUCAGAGUAUUGUACUGCACCAAGCCCACGAGCUUCAACACGACUACCAGGGUCACCAGCAGGAACAUUACCAACAAGGACACCAAGCAAACCAACAUGGAGGACAACAUGGCCACGCUUCUUCAUCACAGAGCAUUGUGUUGCAUCAAACUCACGAGCCUCAGCACCAUGGAGGCCAAAAUUAUGAGGGACACGAGCAGGGACAUUACUACGGAGGUCACCAGGAACAACACGGUCACGCUUCCUCAGCACAAAGCCUCCACCAGCACCACGGACAUGGGACCGUCAAACACGUUGAAUACUAUGUAAGAUAA